AUGAGUCGACCACAGUCGCUCUUGGAGGCCGAAGACUGGCCUCUACUCCCUGCACGACGCCAGAGUACCAUUUCCGCUUCGACUCACUCCUCCGGUUCCGCCAGUUUGGUAUCCUCGCCGGCAUUCGCUACGCCGCUCAGUCCGGCGUCCUCCUCGCCUGGGUCGUGGUCCCGACCCUCGCCCGCUUCCUUCUACGAUGAAGUAGUCCGGCUCCCGCUGAGUCCGGCUGUCACAGUGUCCUUUGUUCGAAAUAAUAAACUCUUUCGCCUACGAUACACCUAUAUUGAUAUCCGCAAAGACGCAACGGGGAGCUUGAAAAGCCUGGAGCUGGGCGGAGGCGUCGGCCAACAGUCACCUUUCCUCCAUACCUUCCACACGACGAAACUCCCCGUCCCGCACUUGGAACAUCCCAAGCUCCCCGACGAACCCUCCCUCCGAAUCUCCUUCUUGGAAGAACAGACCGUGCAGACGGCGCACACGGUGUUUAUGACGCAGUUGUCCUACACGUUCGAAGAAUGGCGGGAUUGUGUGCAGUUCCAGGAGCUGAUCCUCGCGUCGAAGCUGGUCUUCAUCGCCGGGAUCGCCGAGGCCAAGUCGAAAGGCCGGGGGGAAGAAUGCAUCAGUCAGAACCUCCGUAUCCUGCGCGGAUACAACGGGAAACAGGUGAUUCUGUUCUUUGCGAAUUCGCAGCGGAAGGAGCUGAAGCGCUACGUCUCUAUUCCGCUCAAUUGCGUGGAAAGUGUGAGCCCCGGAAAAAAAGCUGGACGACCGGUGGUGCUGCAGCUGCAGCCGAACUUUGAGAUCCUCGCAAAGAUGAGGACGUUACAGAUCCAAUUCCUAGACGAUACGGAUCGGAUCGGAUUCUGCCAGUUUCUGGCGGAUCAUACGAGGUGA